GUCAGUGCGCGAAGUCUCGUCUUCCCGAAGAGUUCGUCCCAGUGAAAGUUGGAUCAAGCCAAGAAGACUUUUGCCAGUUCGCCGAAUGGCAACGCGGACUUAAAUGGCCAAGGAAAGUUAUUUUUCACUUCCAUUUGUCUGUUGUACUAGCCAAAGUCAAAGUCCUGAAGUUCCAGUGUAGACAAAACGCGCGGGCAGACUUUUUAUGUCCUGAACUGGACCGUUCUGGUACCGAAUGUGGCAGUGAUAUGAAAGCGGAUAUUUCGACAUUCAAGUUAUCCAGAAAGUCACCUGCAUCCCUGUGGCUCCGUCACCAUGGGUAACCGGGGGAUGGAGGAUCUCAUCCCCUUAGUCAACCGGUUGCAAGAUGCUUUCAGUGCCAUUGGACAAACAUGCAGUCUGGACCUCCCUCAAAUCGCUGUUGUUGGCGGACAGAGUGCAGGAAAGAGCUCAGUAUUAGAAAAUUUUGUGGGGAGGGAUUUCCUGCCCAGAGGUUCAGGGGUUGUAACACGAAGGCCCCUGGUGCUGCAGCUCAUCAAUCAUGAUAAAGAGUAUGCCGAGUUCCUCCAUUGUAGAGGCAAGAAAAUUGCCGACUUUGAGGAAGUUCGGAAAGAGAUUGAAACUGAGACGGAGAGAUUGACAGGAGCCAAUAAAGGCAUCUCACCCAUCCCCAUCAGACUUCGCAUUUACUCACCCCAUGUGCUGAACCUGACCCUGAUUGACCUACCGGGCAUCACCAAGGUGCCCGUGGGAGACCAGCCUCCAGAUAUCGAGUACCAGAUCCGUGACAUGAUCAUGCAGUUCAUCUGCCGGGAGAACUGCCUCAUCCUCGCUGUGACUCCCGCCAACAUGGACCUGGCCAAUUCAGACGCUCUCAAGCUGGCCAAAGAUGUGGACAUUCAGGGCCAGCGCACCAUCGGCGUGAUCACCAAGCUGGACCUGAUGGAUGAAGGCACGGAUGCCCGGGCCAUUCUGGAGAACAGGUUACUACCUCUACGGAGAGGCUACAUAGGGGUAGUGAACCGCAGCCAGAGGGACAUUGAUGGGAAGAAGGACAUCAAGGUGGCUUUGGCUGCUGAGCGAAGGUUCUUUCUGUCUCACCCAGCGUAUAAACACCUAGCCGAUGUCAUGGGUACUCCCUACCUGCAGCAAGUACUCAACCAGCAACUGACAAAUCACAUCCGGGAGACACUUCCGGCAUUCCGCAGUAAGCUGCAGGGCCAGCUGCUGGCGCUAGGCAAGGAGGCAGAGGAAUACCGGCAGUACCAACCCGAUGACCCCUCCCGCAAAACCAAAGCAAUGCUACAACUGGUCCAGCACUUCGGGCAGGACUUUGAGAAGAAAAUCGAAGGCUCCGGUGAUCAGGUGGACACCGUGGAGCUCUCGGGAGGAGCCAAAAUCAAUCGCAUCUUUCAUGAGCGAUUUCCCUUCGACCUGAUUGAGAUGGAGUUGGAUGAGAAGGAGCUUCGGCGCGAGAUCACCUAUGCCAUUAAGAACAUCCACGGCGUCAGGACAGGCCUGUUCACUCCAGACUUGGCGUUUGAGGCCAUCGUGAAGAGGCAGAUCAUUAAACUCAAGGGGCCUUGCAUCAAGUGUGUGGACAUGGUGGUGGAGGAACUCAUCAGGACGGUGCACCAGUGCACCUUAAAGUUGGCGAGCUUUCCUAAACUGCGGGAGGAAACGGAGAGGAUUGUUUCCACCCACAUACGGGACCAAGAGAGUCAAUCCAAGGAUCAGGUUUUGUUGCACAUUGACAUCCAGCUCUCCUACAUAAACACAAACCAUGAAGACUUCAUCGGGUUUACCAAUGCUCAACAGAGAACCAGUCAACCAAGUGUGAAGCCUGCUGCAGGAAAUCAGGGCGCAGCUUUCUUACUUCGCCGUCAAAUUGUCAUUCGUAAAGGCUGGCUGACCAUCAGUAACAUCAGCAUUAUAAAGGGCGGUGCCAAGGCGUACUGGUUCAUACUGUCCACGGAAAGCCUCUCCUGGUUCAAGGAUGACGAGGAGAAAGAGAAGAAGUACAUGCUGCCUCUGGAUAGCCUGAAAGUGCGCGACGUCGAGAAGACCUUCAUGUCCGCCAAACACACGUUUGCACUCUUCAGCACAGAACAGAGGAACGUGUAUAAGGACUACAGGCAUCUGGAGCUGGCCUGUGACUCGCAGGAGGAGGUGGACAGCUGGAAGGCCUCUUUGCUGCGUGCUGGAGUCUACCCAGAAAAGGCUGGAGAGGACGGUGAGAACUCCUCCUUGGACAGCGUCUCCAUGGACCCCCAGCUGGAGCGGCAGGUGGAGUCGAUCCGCAACCUGGUGGACUCGUACAUGAGCAUCGUCCACAAGUGCACGCGCGACCUCAUGCCCAAGACCAUCAUGCACCUCGUCAUUAACAACGUGAAGGAGUUCAUCCACUCGGAGUUGCUGGCCCAGUUGUACUCCAUCGGUGACCAGUCCGUGCUGAUGGACGAGUCUCCUGAGCAGGCCCGGCGCCGGGAGGAAGUGAUGCGCACGCACGCUGCCCUCAAGGAGGCGCUGGACAUCAUCUCCGACAUCUCCACCUCCACCGCCUCCGUCCCUCUGCCGCCGCCAAUCAACACCGCCUGGCCACAGACCAGCCUGGCCCCCUCACACAGGGCUCCUCCUCCUCUGCGAGGCAAGAUGUCUCCGUCUGGUCCCGGCGCCCCGUCCCGAGGCCCCGCCCCUCCGGCUCCUGUCCCUUCGCCUCACGUCUCCAAUAGCAACAGCAGCGAUGCUCACUCCAGGCCGUCCAGUCGGCCCAGCCGAGCUGCCCCCAGCAUUCCCAGGAGACAACCACCGGCUAUUCCCUCACGGAAUCCUCACUGAAAACGAUUGCAACCAUCCCGGCAAUCGACCACAAACGCAAGAGGCCCUGUGCAUGGACUGGGAGUGCAGCCUGGGCCAGCGUCGGGUGAUGGAUGAGGAAGUUGCCACAUGCAUGAGGAUUUAUUUCCUCCUCCAGGCUGGACGUGGAAUCUCAGAGCCAUGUGGAGGAGAGGAAGAACUGUUUGUGUAUCUUGUCAAUGGUCAAACUGGUGUUAAGGUGGCGCCCUGCAAAUCAUUGUUAUGCUGUACAUUCAUAUGGACUGUGCUAUUGUGUCUCUUUUGUACUUCAGAAUUGUUUGUGUGUGUGUGUGUGUGCGCGUGCCCGUGCGCCUGUGUGUGAUUGCCAUGUGUAAAUGAUUGAGACAACUGAGACAUUGUUUCUUAUGUAAAUACUGAGUAGA